GCAUAUAACACAAACUCUGGCAUUGUAGAAUAUAAUCUUUUUUUGUUUUUUUUUUCAUUCUUUAUUGAACAUAUUUUCAUAUACAACGGUGCAAACCAAGACAUAGACCACAGAAAACAAAAAUGAAAAAGGACACAAAUUGCCUACGUCUUUGUCCGUUGUAUAUGGAAAUGUGUUCAAUAAAGAACGGGGAGGGGUGGGUCGAGUCUGGCCUCUUAUAAAUAGCUGAUCGCUGAUUGGACAAUGGGUACAUCCGUCACAAUUGUACGGCCAACGUCAGACCUCCUUUUCCGGUUUUCGCGUUUUCUCCUCUGCGAUUGGACAAUCAGCACGUCCGUCAUAAAGCUGCCGCGCACCACUGGGCCGCGGUCUUUGGCCGCCCACCUCUGUGAUCGUUGAUUGGACAGCCGGGACGUCCGUCCCCGGGCCGUCAGCAGGCGGAAAGUGGGAGUGAGGGGAACAGGUGGAGGAGGGUCUGCCAGCCUAAACAUUCAAAUACCGUUUGACUGCUGCUUGAAAGCGGACCAAGAACGCAAACUGGAAGGGCUCAGUGCAGCGUGGGUGCCCAGGGAUCCACUGCCUGAGUGUGAGGAGAGCAGCGGCCGACACCCCAAAGACAUGAACCACACCAAGGGAGGCCUGGUCAUCUUCACCGCCAACUCGCACCCCUCCAGCCGCGAGCUGGGCAAAAGAAUAGCUGAACGGCUGGGAGUGGAGCUGGGGAAGGUGCAAGUGUACCAGGAAGCGAACAGAGAAACACGAGUGCAGAUCCAGGAGUCGGUGCGAGGAAAAGAUGUCUUUGUCAUCCAGACUGUGUCCAAAGAUGUCAACACAACCAUCAUGGAGAUGCUGAUCACGGUGUAUGCGUGCAGGACUUCAUGUGCCAGGAGUAUCACGGGAGUCCUCCCGUACUUCCCUUACAGCAAGCAGUGCAAGAUGAGGAAAAGGGGCUCCAUAGUGUCCAAGCUGAUAGCCUCCAUGAUGUGCAAAGCAGGUCUUACUCACCUGAUCACCAUGGACCUCCACCAGAAGGAGAUCCAGGGCUUCUUCAACAUCCCAGUGGACAACUUGAGAGCCUCCCCUUUCCUGCUGCAGUACAUUCAGGAGGAGAUUCCUGACUAUAGAAACGCUGUGAUUGUGGCCAAAUCUCCAGCUUCUGCCAAACGGGCCCAGUCAUUUGCAGAGCGUCUCCGUCUGGGUAUAGCCGUGAUCCACGGUGAGGCUCAGGACGCCGAAUCUGACAUGGUGGAUGGCCGACACUCCCCGCCCACCGUCAAGACCACUGGAGCCAUUCACCCCAGCAUGGAGAUACCACUGUUGAUCCCAAAAGAGAAGCCUCCCAUCACUGUGGUAGGAGAUGUAGGAGGACGCAUCGCCAUCAUAGUGGAUGACAUCAUCGAUGACGUGGACAGCUUCGUGGCGGCAGCAGAGACGCUGAAGGAGAGAGGAGCGUACAAGAUCUUUGUCAUGGCGACGCAUGGCAUUCUCUCCUCCGACGCCCCACGGUUCAUAGAGGAGUCGGCCAUUGACGAGGUGGUGGUGACCAACACCAUUCCCCACGAGCUGCAGAAGCUGCAGUGUCCCAAGAUCAAGACCGUCGACAUCAGCAUGAUCCUGUCGGAGGCCAUCCGCCGCAUCCACAACGGAGAGUCCAUGUCCUACUUGUUCCGCAACAUUGGCAUGGAUGACUGAAUG